AUGGCUACAGAAGCAUCUGCUGCCGUCGCCGCGGUUCCUACACGUACUGAAGAAGACCUGGCCUUUCUCUUCAAGCGAUUUCCCGGCUACCUAUUCACUGAACGCAAGGGGCCAGCGUGGUCGUGGCUUAGCGAUCCUACCGGUAAGCGACCGCCGCCUUCUGCCGUCAAGCCCCAACGCGAGAGCAGCAAUUCGAGAUCCAUCGCCACCUUCUUCAAUCUCAAUGCGAACAACGCCGAAGAUCAGAGGAUGGCCAACCACUUGAUCAGCGCGUUCGAUAGAGCUGAGUUUCAACGAAGGAUUAAAGCCAACCUCUCCGAGAAGACUGUUCACGCCCUCGCUGUACGAGAGGUUGAGCGGCAUAAGGAUGCGGUGGUUAAGACGCUCCAGGAGAGCCCCGGGCUGGUUCAUCUAGUCUUCGAUGGAUGGACUUCACGCAACCGCCUCUCUCUCUACGGCGUGAGCGCAGUCUUCCGAGACGAAGAGGGCACGCCUCACAAGAUUGUGCUCGGUCUGCCAGAGAUGAGUGACCGGCAUACGGGUGAGAACAUCGCGGAGGCCAUCCUCGAUGUUAUUAGAAACUAUGGUAUUGAAAAGAAGAUUGGCUACUUCACUGUCGACAACGCUACAAAUAACGACGCCGCGUUGAAAAUAAUCGAAUGUGAUGCCUUUGAGCGAGAAGUCUCUACUAGCCUACUCACUACUCAACAUGAGCAUGAGCAAUGGAGGAGGAAAGGCCCCAUUGGUCAGACCUCUGGACGCAAGAAGCUCAUCUCGGCGCAAGAGCAACGGAUCCGAGAAGCCUCCGAAGGUGAGAAGAUCAAGAAACACACGCCGGUCGGAGUGGUGACAGACAACGCUACGCGGUGGCUCUCUCAGUACUUCAUGAUGGAACGCGCUCUUCAACUCCAGCCUUUCUACGAGACCUUCCUCUUUGAGGCGAAGCUUCACGUUGACUCGCAGGCGACGGUCAACCUCGUGAGAAGAAGCGCAGCUCCUGCGAAUGAGCCGAUCAGUCUAGUACAGGGAGCAAGCUGGGAUCUUCUCGAUGGGUACGAGUUCCUCCUUGAGUCUCUCGAGAGAGCGAAGGCGAGAGUUGAAGACCUCGUUGACGGCGAACACGUCGCUAUUAACGUCAACAACGCAUGGAUGAAGCUCGACAAAUACUACGAGAAGAUCGGCCAGUCUCCUCUCAUCUACGCUGCCACCGCAUUGCACCCUCGGCACCGAUGGGGUAGGUUCGAGGCGUGGCGUGAGCAUCACGCUGACUGGAUCGAGCCAGCGAAGUUACAAGUCCGAGAACUCUGGAGGCAACAAUACCGAGACCUACCAGUCGAGCAGAAAGAGGCUUCAGAACCACCCACGAAAAUCCCCCGCCUCUCGAGCAACAGGUUCGCAAUCUUCAGAACCCAGGAGCGAACUCCAACAAACUCAGCACCCACCUCUCCUUCACCCUUUCCAUCGCCAGCGCUGGUCGAACUUGACGAGUUUGAGCGUUGGCAACUAGAUAAUAGCGACUUUGAUCGGUACGAGGAGGAUCCCCGUGCCUACUGGCACAAGAGAAGGAACACCUACCCACGGCUUGCGCGCAUGGCGUUGGAUCUACACACGGUGCUUCCUAUGAGCGCCGAAGUUGAGCGCUUGUUCAGCGUUACUGGCCAUAUGGUUACUCCUUUACGCAACCGGCUACAGGCGAACACAAUAUCUCUCUGUCAGAUCCUCCGCAGCUGCGGCAGGGUCCGAGUAUUAGUCCUCUCCCGCAACCAGGAAAGGGUCGAGGCGGCGCUCUGGGGCUACAAUUUCUCCCGAUACGAUAUCACGGCCGAUGACACGAGCCCCGAUAUCGCCAGAACCACCCAGGAGGUCCUAGCCGUCGUCAGGAGAUACCCCAACGGCGCUGCCAUUGCGCGCGACGUCGAGAAGCAGAUCAAGGACGGCGCCAACGGCAUGUAUCUCUGGGCCCGGCUCGCGCUCACCGAAGCCAUAAAACAACUAGGAGCAGCACCAGCGGGCAGCCAACAGGCAGCGAGGGGCAAACAGCUUACCCACGGCAUCUUCCCGCUCUUCGACCAAUAUCUCAAGCAGUUCUCCGAGUCCAGCGCCAAACAGGCGGACGAAGACAAGCACUUCACCAACAUUGUCAUCUUCUGGCUGACCUACCAGGCCGAACCCAUGACGGAGAGAGAACUGCAGAUCGCCUGCGCCCUGGUCAACGAAGCCGCCGAAGACGUCCGAGACGCGACCUGGUUCGAAGUCGACGUAGGCGACGCCGGCAUCCAGGCCUUCCUCUCGCGCCACCGCAACAUGGGGCGGGCGGUCCUCGACCGCUGCGCGCCCCUGGCCCGCAUCGGCCCGGACAAGCGCAUCGGCGCCGUCCACCGCUCCCUGCAGGAAUACCUGCGCAGCCCCCGACCACCACCCCUCCACACCCACCACGCCUCCUACCACACCCACCCCCCGCACGCCAACCGCAACAUCAGCCUCCUCUGCGCCGACUACCUGUUGCAGCCGGCCCUGGCCAACCCCGGCACCGCCUACGCCGACAACGCCGACGACCGCGACGCCUGGCUCGACAAGGUCGAUGACCGCGUGCUUGCCCACGCCUUUGCCCGCUACGCCGCCCUCUACUGGAUCUACCACGCGCGCGCGGCCGGCCCGCCCUUUGAUGCCGAUCUUGCGGAGUGGCGCGAGCCGAGGCAUCGUCGAUUGUUGGAUGUGGGGGGGUAUGGUGGUGAUGGUGGUGGUAACGGACACGCAUCUGUCGUGAGGUGGAGGUGUUGUGGGUGUAGACGGAGGGGGAAGGUCGAAGAGGCUUUUCCCCGGGCUCGGGGCUGGAUCUCGGGGGUUACUUUCCGGAUGAGGGCCGGCGGCUGGGAAGGAGGAGGACGACGGAUUUGGCGGGGGAGGCGGGCUCCAGGGGAUGAUGAUGCGGCCGGGAGCGAGCUUGUUACAUGUACCGCGGCGCAUGCGGAAGAGCUCGCGCUCGCGCGGGAGCUGGAGGUUGGGAUUACUGGCCUCAUGCGGUGGAUGGGUCAGCUGAAGACGGAUGUGGCUGCCAGCAUGGAGAGGAGCGAACGGAUCAUCAAAGACCUGCAGAGGCUUCAGACCAUGGUAAGCGAGGGUGGCAUCGACCCUAGGGUGGCGAACGGGAUGAUGACGGAGCUGGAGCAGAAGGUUGAAGUGGCGAGGCGGGAAACCGACAGCGCAAGAGCCGACGCAGAGAGGGCGCGGGUGGACGCGGACAGGGCCAGAGCGGAAGCUGACAAUAGGGACCGGGAAUACCAACAACUUCUGGAGAAGAACCAAGUCAUGGAGAAAGGGAUGGCACUGUUGAGGGACGCUGUCCGCCGGAGCGUCGGCGUUUUGGCGGAACAAAAGACAUCCAGGAGUUCAUGGAUUCCUUUCCGCCGCUAA